GGUCUUCAGAUUCAACACUCCAAGAAACCUCCCAAUCGAACUAGCUAGUUUAGAUUAUUUCUUCGCUCGAGGAUGAAACUGAUUGAGAAGACGAUGAACAAGACCAAGUUUAUGACUAUGGAAGAGGAGGAGGAAGACAGAGGUGAGGGUUUCCACAAGAUCGAGGUAGCUAUGAUUGACCGGAGCAACUUAUCUCCGCCGCCAGCUGCUGGUGCUACUGCUACUGCACCAUUGCGUGAGGUUUCCGGCGACCUGAUUCCACCGUUGAACUUUGCGAUGGUCGAUAACGGUAUCUUCCGGUCUGGUUUCCCGGACACAGCGAACUUCCCCUUCAUCAAGAGUCUUGGCCUUCGCUCAAUCAUAUCUUUGUGUCCAGAGCCGUAUCCGGAGAACAACAUGCAGUUCCUCAAAUCCAAUGGAAUUAGUCUUUUCCAGUUUGGCAUUGACGGCUCCAAGUCCAAGUGUCUGCCCGGAUUAGAGAACGAGGUUUGGUUGCAUAUUUGGGGUUCUAAGCAUCACAAAGAGGGUUCCUAUACAAAUGGAAAUUCGAAAACUUCGGUAUUAUUCUGAAUACUAUUUCGACUUCUAGUC